AUGAACACACUGCUGUCGCAGAUUGACCUGAUUGUCGAGUGCCGUGACUACAGAGUACCACUAACCUCUCGUAACCCUUUGUUCGAACAGAGUUUGGCAGGCCGUGAGCGCAUCAUCAUCUACACCAAGCGCGACUUGGGUAGCACCAACAAGCCCGUAGACAGGGAGGUGAGUCCAUGUGUCGCAUUCCACUCGGCGUCUUCUGACAUGGCGAAACAGAGAGAGAACAUCAUUCGCAAAUGGCACAAACCCUCCGAAGUUCUGUUCUCCGAUCACAAAGACAAGAAAGACAUCCGCAAAGUUCUGGAUUUCGCCCGCCGGUACUUCGAGAACAGCACCUCUCUGACUGGAUCGCGCAUCAUGGUUGUAGGAAUGCCCAACGUUGGAAAGUCAUCGCUGCUCAACGCACUACGGAAAGAAGGAGUUGGAAAAGGCAAGGCUGCACAUACGGGCGCCCAGCCAGGCGUAACACGCAAAAUCUCAACAAGCGUCAAGAUCAUCGACAGUACCGAAGACGGCGAGGGCGUCUACCUGCUCGAUACUCCAGGUGUCUUCAUACCCUACGUCCCAGAUGCCGAAGCAAUGCUGAAACUUGCCCUAUGCGGCAACGUCAAAGACACCAUCAUUCCGCCUGCCACUCUUGCCGACUACCUCCUUUACCGCGUCAACCUCAUCGACCCCAAGCUCUACAAAGAAUACUGCACGCCCACCAACGACAUUAUCGAAUUACUCAAUGCCAUCGCCAAUAAGACUGGCCGCUUGCAGAAGGGUGGUGAGCCAGAUACUGAGGCCACCGCUCUCUGGAUGAUUCAACGCUGGAGAAACGGUCUAUGGGGCCGCUUCCUCCUCGACGAAGUUACCGAAGACGGCUUGCAAANNAAGAGAAUCAUGGAAGAAUCGAGCAUGGGCGGCAGUAUGAACCAGGCACGACGAGCCGACAAGGAGGCUCGCAAAAUGCGCAACAUCAAGAGGCAUGCCGGAACCAGUGAGUGA